AUGGGCAGUUCUGCUAAUCUAACCUGCAGAGCUUUCUUUGGGUAUAGUGGAGAUGUCAGUCCUUUAAUCUACUGGAUGAAAGGGGAGAAGUUUAUUGAAGAUUUGGAUGAUAGUCGAGUUUGGGAAAGUGACAUCAGGGUUCUCAAGGAACAUCUCGGGGAACAGGAGGUUUCCAUCUCAUUGAUUCUUGACUCCGUGGAAGAGGCGGACCUGGGGAAUUACUCGUGCUAUGUCGAGAAUGGAAAUGGACGCCGGCAUGCCAGUAUUCUUCUACAUAAAAGGGAGCUGAUGUACACAGUUGAGCUUGCUGGUGGGCUUGGUGCUAUUCUACUGCUGCUUGUUUGUUUAGUGACUAUCUACAAGUGUUACAAGAUAGAGAUUAUGCUCUUCUACAGGAAUCAUUUUGGAGCUGAAGAACUAGAUGGAGACAACAAAGACUAUGAUGCAUAUCUAUCUUAUACCAAAGUGGAUCCUGACCAGUGGAAUCAAGAAACUGGAGAAGAAGAAAGAUUUGCUCUUGAGAUCCUACCAGAUAUGCUUGAAAAGCAUUAUGGAUACAAGUUGUUCAUACCAGACAGAGAUUUGAUUCCCACAGGAACCUACAUUGAAGAUGUGGCAAGAUGUGUAGACCAAAGCAAGCGACUGAUCAUCGUCAUGACUCCAAAUUAUGUGGUAAGAAGAGGCUGGAGCAUCUUUGAACUGGAAACGAGGCUUCGAAACAUGUUAGUCACGGGCGAAAUCAAAGUGAUACUGAUUGAAUGCAGUGAACUACGAGGAGUAAUGAACUACCAGGAGGUGGAGGCACUGAAACAUACCAUCAAGCUCCUCACUGUCAUUAAAUGGCAUGGACCAAAAUGCAACAAGUUGAAUUCCAAGUUCUGGAAACGUUUACAGUACGAAAUGCCUUUUAAGAGGAUUGAACCCAUCACACACGAGCAGGUUUUAGAUGUCAGUGAGCAGGGGCCCUUUGGGGAACUACAGACAGUCUCCGCAAUUUCCAUGGCUGCUGCCACCUCCACUGCUCUUGCCACUGCCCAUCCAGACCUGCGCUCCACCUUUCAUAACACAUAUCAUUCACAGAUGCGCCAGAAACACUAUUAUCGAAGCUAUGAAUACGAUGUACCUCCUACCGGCACCCUGCCGCUUACCUCAAUAGGUAACCAGCAUACCUACUGCAACAUCCCUAUGACACUUAUAAACGGGCAGCGGCCACAGACAAAAACUAACAGGGAGCAGAAUCCGGAAGAGGCUCACACAAACAGUGCGAUACUGCCCCUCUUGCCACGGGAGACCAGUAUAUCAAGUGUCAUUUGGUGA